AUGGCCCAGAGCACACAAGAAGCAGAAGGAGAGCAACAGAGGCGACAAGCUGUGCUCCGGGAGCGAUAUUUGAGCUUUUUGCAGAAAUCCGCCGACAAGCCAGCCACCAUCGAAAUGUGCGAACGAACUACGGUCACCGCCACAAUUAAAGCAUUUCAACCGUCUUCGGAGCACGUGAUCGUCGAAAAACUCGCCACACCCAUCGGAAUUCUCGACAAAGCCGCACUACGAUCGACGGAUAUUGUCAAAAUCACAUUUGACGGAAAUUCGAAAAAUUAAUUCUUUUUUUUUUAAACUUUUUUUUUUACAACUGUAUAUUUAUAAUAAAUCUGCAAGCUUUGUAAA